CGACGCCUCUCUUGGGCGCACCAGCAGCAUAACACACAGACAUGGCGGCACCGCGUCGCACUCGCGCCCCCCUCCUAACCGCCGCCGCCCGCCCGUCCCCCCUUCCAUGGCCACCCUCGCGCCACGCCCCGACCUACUCCUCGUCGCUCUGAGAAGGUCCCGCGCUAGGACGCUUCGCGCCCGCGCCGCCGCCGCCCCACGUGCCCGCCGCCCUCCGGUGCCGCCGCAGGCAGCGCGGCGCGUCUUCCUCGGCCUCGGCGCCGCUUUCGUCGACCAGCUCGCCCGCAUGGCCUCCGGUGGUGCCCCAUCCCGCUCGUUCGUGGCCGCGGCGCGGCCAAGGCAGGGGGUUUCCCCUGUCGAACAGAUUUUGAAGGAUGUCGAGUGGCCGGACGAGUUCCCUUUCAAGCCCGAAGACUUCAGCCGCUUCGACGAGUCAUCAGAUACUGAGUUCUACUCAGCUCCCCGUUUUGUGACGCACAUUGAUGACCAAGCAAUCAGGGCGCUCACAAAGUACUACUCGCAAGCUCUUCCUCCAAGCAACACUCCUGGCGUGGCCAUCCUGGACAUGUGCAGUAGCUGGGUGAGCCAUUAUCCAGCCGGGUACAAGCAAGAGAAGAUCGUAGGGAUGGGUAUGAAUGAAGACGAGCUGAAGAAGAAUCCGGUUUUGACAGAGUAUGUUGUGCAAGACCUCAAUCUGAACCCGAAGCUUCCUUUCGACGAUAACACCUUUGAUGUUAUAACCAACGUGGUUAGUGUAGACUACUUGACAAAACCAAUGGAUGUUUUUAAGGAGAUGAGACGAAUACUUAAACCAUCUGGGUUAGCUAUCAUGAGCUUUUCAAAUCGCUGCUUUUGGACAAAAGCUAUAUCCAUUUGGACAUCAACUGGUGAUGCUGACCAUGCUUGGAUAGUUGGCGCAUACUUCCAUUAUGCUGGAGGGUUUGAGCCCCCUGAGGCUGUUGAUAUAUCUCCCAAUCCAGGACAAACUGAUCCGAUGUAUAUUGUUUGUUCCAGAAAGAAAAUAGCUUAAUUAAAUAUAUUUUGUGUUGGAAUUUUGCUUAAAAGACCAAAUACUGCUGACGCACAUGUGUUUCUACCAAGAGGUGACUACUGA